CCCGGUUCGGCUUUUCUAGUGUCAGAUGCCCGUUCCCACCCCCGACCCCUCCCCGCUCACCUGCUGGCGGCCCGCCCGACUCCGCCUAGCCCUUUAACCCCGGGCGUGGCUUCUUUCCCCUUCUGGCCCAGCUGAGCCAGCCCAGCCCAGCCCCUGGAGCCCCUGGAAGCCAUGGAGGUGCUGGUGCUGGAGGACUACCAGGCUCAGCGGGAGGACGAGCUGACCCUAACUGCUGGAGACGUGCUUCGGGAUGUGCGCCAGGGGUCCGCGGACAGCUGGCUCCUGGGGGAGCUGGCUGGACGCAGGGGUCUCUUCCCUAAGCUCAUCGUCCUGGAGAUCCCGGAGAGUUUGCGGGAUGACGGGGGCCCCCGGAAGCCCCACACUAAGCGCCGAGGUCAGCCCGGGGGCCCUCCAACUACCCAGAGAUGGUGUAAAGUAAACUUUAGCUACAGCCCAGAGCAGCCGGAUGAGCUAAAGCUCCAAGCCGGGGAGGUAGUCCAGGUGCUUCGAGAGAUUGAAGACGGUUGGUGGCUAGGGAAGAAGAACGGGCAACUUGGGGCCUUUCCCUCUAACUUUGUGCAAGAGUUGGAUUACAGGCCCUGCGGUGCCGUGAUUCCUGAUGUCAUCCCCAAGGCCACUGGAGUGGCCCAGUCUUGCCCGAAGCUAACCCGGACCCAGGAAGAAACUCCCGUAUACCCCCUAACAGCACCUGAGAGCUGUCGAGUUCUGUUUGACUAUGAGCCUGAGGCACCCGAUGAGCUGGCCCUGCAGAGGGGUACUGUGGUGAAGGUGUUAAGAAAGACCACAGAGGACCCUGGCUGGUGGGAGGGGGAAUUUGAAGGCAAAAGAGGAGUUUUCCCAGACAAUUUUGUCCUCUUGCUGCCCCCGAUUAAGAAGCUUCCAGUCCGUCGUCUGAGUCCUCAGGAAUCAGUGUUUGGUCGAGAAAACCAUGUCUCCAGUGGGAGGAGGCGGGUGUCCAAGGAAACAAGAGCUGCUAAGGAGUCUAAGAAGAUGGAAUCUAAAAUCACCCUACCCCCCAUUAAAAAGCUGUCAUCUACCUCCAAUAGGACCUCCAAGCCUCGGCCCCCAACGCCCAGGCCUCUGGCAUCCGGAUCAGCCGGGGACAAGCUGAAGAACUCUCGAGAACCAGGAGGAAGAAGUAGUGCUGGUGGCAAAGGAGGAUCAAAUGGAGGUGGAGGAGGAGGACCGGGAGGAGUGACCAUCUCUCUGACUUUGCCAGUGCCAGGCAAAAGCAAUGACAGAAGCAAUGAUGGCGUAAAUGACUCCAAGACGGUUCAUUCCACCCAUAUGCGGUCGAAGCCUCAGGGUCGAUGUCCGCCCAGCCUAGACCAGACCCCCACUCCUGGACAAGAGGAAGAGAAGCCCGGUUUGACAAAGAGCCAGCCCCCCAGGACCAAACACCACUCCUCAGAUAAAGCUGCUUCUCGGGAUAAAUCAUCCCACGAUAAAGCACCUUCCCGGGAGAAGAAACACUUCGAUAAACCUGCCAAUCGUGACAAACCCCCCUCCGCAGAGAAGCCCCUCCCCCCUGACAAGAGCACGGGCCGGACCCUCUCCAACGACAAAGACAAAGACGAGGACAAGACGGCGUCGAGUAGGCAUCCCUCCACAGACAAGGACAAUAAGCCACCUCCUUCGGGCAAACUCUCCUCAGAUAAACCACCCCCAGACAAGCCACCCUCCGCAGAGCAGGCCCUCUCAGACCCUCAGGGAGCCCAGGGCGCAGCUAACUCUGAGAAGAGGGCGUCAGUGGCCGAAGAGAAAAUGUCAGGGAUCAGCCUCAAUAGCUUGACAGAACGAGUGCAGCAAGUCGAGGCUGAGGUCGCUUCUCUGAAGGGGAUGUUAGUGCGUCUGGUGUCACAGCAGGAAAAGGACUUGUCAGAAAUCCAGGAGGAGCUGAAAACGGAGCGGGAAAUGAGACUGGAGCUGCAGGCGAAGUUUGAGAUGCUGAAAUCAAAGACCAACCUGGUUUAGGGGCCCGCCCGGAGGGGGCUUGUCUUUGCCCACGGACACAGGCUGCGCCUCCUCCCCAUUCCUGAGGGUCCACCCCCCGCCAUGAGGGGGAGCCUCAGGCACCCCCCACGCGCGUCCCCCCCUUCGGGGCUUUGCGGGUGAGGGCAUGGGGGUUGUGGCUGGACCCCCCCAAACUCCCCGCGUGGGAUAGGCCGGGGCUCUUUGCGCCCCGACCCGAGGACUCCCCGGCUCCGUAUUAACCCCACCCCCAUCCCAGAC